UCUCAGAUCUUAUCCAGUUUUCUUCGUCAAUAGCGAGUGUUUGAUCUCUGUCGGAAUUAGGGUUUUUAAUUAUCCAUGUCUUGACUCUGAACUUUUCGGUUAGAUCGACUGCUACGGAGCAGGGUUUCGGUCCUAUUCUCGGUUUCCAAUUAGGGUUUUGAUCCAGAGUGCUGUCUAGCGUUUUGCCCGAUCCCUUGGCAUAGGGUUUCGAAGGGCAUAAAAAAUGCCUUCGGUGCCCAUCAAACUCCUUCUCCGUCCGAUGAUCCCAUCCGUCAUGUCUUUCCAUGGUGGUUCGUGUUCUCAUCGUCUGAAACGUCUUGAAAAAGGUGAUCGGCGUGGUAAUCUUAGUUAACAUUUGAUUUUAUCUGUAGCUUCCGCCCUUGUCUAUUUAGGGUUUUUCGGGUCUCGAUUCGUGAUUUUCGCCCGACAAGAGGAACUUUGACUGAGAAAUUAGAGAUCAAGUGAUUGUGUAGUGAUUCCCUUGAUAUUGGUUGGAUCUAAGUGAUCUGAAAACUUCGGUGUUGUUGGAUUCUGCUGUUCUAAGGUGAUUUCGAUUGCCGUAAUAUAAGUUUUGUUCCUUCAAGUUGUGGAUUUUCUCAAAUGGACAAUUGUGUUCCUUCUGGUGAGUUAGUUUUUCAAGACACAGAUUGCUUCCUCGACUUGCAGCAGACACAUAUAGAUAAAAAGCAAGGCUAUUGUAACAACACUGAAGAUGUUUUGGAAGAUUACCUUCAGAAUAGUUUUAGUCAGUUUUUACACAUUCAAGAUGUUAAAGAAUUAGCAAAUAGCCGCAUAGAACAAUCUGGCAUGGAUGUUAUCAGCAGUACAGAAGCAGAAAAUAUAUGUGGGGAGCUCAAAGUACGUCAAACUGAAUCCCCAACUAGAUCUUAUCAGAAGUCCUUUUGCAAGUGUGCGACAUUUCCGCCUUCUGGUAAGACAUCUCUUGCUGGGUCUUCAGGUGAAGAAGAUGGGAAUCCUGAUGCAACAUUGCAGGAGAACUGCUCACUGAAAUCUUUGAGUCCAGACCUUUCACGAUUAGCAUCUUUGCCUACUCCUUUGAAGCUUGUGUCUGCAAUGAAAGGUAGCCGUGAGAAAGAGGGGAUUCCAUUGAAGAAGCUGAAUGUGACAUGGGCCCCUGAUGUGUAUGAUCCACCUCCUACAAUAGUGUCUCACACAGUGAGAAAUUGUAAGAAGCAGCAACAGUCCAAGAACAAUAGGAAGAAUGGAAAACACAAGCAGAAAGGCAAAUCUGCACGAGGGAGCAAUGGCAAAGACAAGAAGCAACUUCGUAAAAUUGUUGGAAGUGGGGACAGGGGUUUUAAAUCAUUUGAAGUCAGGGAUAAAUUGAUUGCAAGCAAUUUUAUUGAUUCUUCUAGAGAACUCGAGGAUUUUGAGGUUGGCAGCCCUGAUGGCUACUGUGGGAGUAGCUUCCUUAGAAAAUCAGUCACCAAGGUCCACUUUUCAGUUGCUGAGGCUACUUAAGCCACAACAUUAUUAGUCUUAUGUCAGGCUUUGCUCUUCACAGGCAUUGUAGAUAAAUAAUUCCAUGAGAGUUUCUUGAUUAGUGAUGUCCACAUACUUUGACUGUCUUCUUAUCUAAAUGCAACAUUUUUGUUAAUAAUGUUUGCCAGUGCAAUUUUAUGAUUGAGAAGAUAUAUAUAGGACUUAUAUUCUGUAGUGUGUUGAUUUGUGAGGAUUCUGUUUGUAUUUUGUUAUAAUAUGAGAUCUUUGCUAACACAGGCAUGUGAUUUCCUUUUU